ACGUCGUGAUGUACAUAAUUGUUUAAUUCGUAUAAUUCAUAAAUUCCAGUUUUACUUUUUUACAGCAGUAAGUCAAGCAAUUAUUGUGGAGCAGCAUUUAAGCCAUAGAGUCGAGAACCAUUGAGGAAGUCAAGCCCACGAUGAGCUGCAAGGUGCGGCUAAUGGAGGAUGGGUCAUUGGACGAGGAGCCGCUAACAUUGAAGGAGAUUGCCUAUCAGAAGCUGUGCAACAAUUUGGACAUUAUCAGUAGCUGCAACGAGAGUGGACAACGCACAUUGAACACGGGCAUUGUGCUGACCAAUGAGAUAUGCGAUGCAUUUCUGGAAAACUAUCAGCGCUUCCACAGGCCACUUAACGAUCGGGUUAUACACCUGUUUAACGACACAGCUCGCACUUCCCUAAAGAUUGUGAAUCUGCGCUAUAGUACACUAAGCAUCGUUGGUUUGGAGACGUUGAUGCGUCAUAAACUGUUUGCGUUGUCCAUGUGGUAUUGCGAUAAGAUCACCGUACAUUCACAUCACCUGCUAUCACACUAUGGCGAUAGCUUACGCUCGUUGGAGCUGGGCAUUAGCUCGCAUCUGCUGCAGAAUGCGGAACCCAAUGAAAAGGAGCCGGUGGACUUUCAACUCACCUGCCCGCACUUGCGUCGCCUUGUGCUCAAUGGCGUGGUCAUGCAUCAUCGUCUGCAAUUUGCCCAUCUGCAGGACCUGAGCCAUUUGGAUCUCACCUCCUGCGUGCUGGCCAAUUUCAGUUUGGAGGCGCUCGUUAUGUUGCCCAACCUGCACACGCUCAUACUGUUCAAUGUGUGGCCCAUUGCCAAUCAGUUGCAUGCGAUUUGCUGUCUGCGACGUCUCUGCACACUCGACAUAUCCAUAUCGAGUUCGGGCAAUGGACAUGGUACCUACGAUCUGCCCGAUCAGACGCUAGAAAUGCUGAUGGACAAUCUGCGGCAUUUAACGCAUCUGGAUAUCUCAGGCACGAAUUUAGCGGGCAACGGAGUGGCCACCAAAGAGUCGACCAAUACCAAUACAAAGACAGAACAACACUUUGGCCCCACCGACAUCCCUGGGCUGGCGUCACGCACUCAACGUCCGCUGCAGUUCCUUGGGCUGUAUCACACGGCGCAUUGGGCGUGCAAGCGACACGAUAUACCUGCUCUGGAGGUGGCCGGCGAUGCUAACGAACAGCAAAUACUCACGGCGGCGCGCUAUUACCACGACAGACCCGUUCUGCUGACUAGAGUCCUCAAUGAUUUGUAUCAUUUGUUUCGCUUUGAGAACUGCAAGGAUAUACACACAGCGCUGGAUGUUGUGCUCUGUGCCAUGGAUCGUCAUCUGAAAUUCAAGCACAUGCAAAUCUCGGGCAGUGCAACGUUGUUCUACAUUGUAAAAGGUCGCGAUCGCUCCAAGUUUGGCACGCUGCUUCGCAAUCACAUCAUACGCACACUGCUCAAUGGUAUGGAGAAGCAUCUGACGGACGACACCAUGCUGCGCAAUGGUUAUCUGACGCUCACACAGUUCCACAUGCCAGUCGAUGUGCUCUUUGAGUACGAACGACUGAUUAAGAUACUGUUACAUGGCGUGUCCAAGACGGAGCAAGAAGGCUUCGUGCAACGCAUUGCCAUCUAUCUGCUCAACACAUUGGCCUGCCAGGUGGACGGCAGACAAAAGCUCUUUCUCGGCGAGCUGGGUGUGGUCAGCACGAUGCUGACACUCAUCAAGGAUCGUUUGACGCGCUCAGUUUUCGACGAUGUGAUGGAGGUGGCGUGGUCGACCAUGUGGAAUGUAACCGAUGAGACUGCUAUUAAUUGUAAGAGAUUUCUGGAUGGACGCGGCAUGGAGUAUUUCCUUAAGUGUUUAAAUACAUUUCCCGAUCGUGACGAGCUCUUGCGGAACAUGAUGGGACUGCUGGGUAAUGUCGCCGAGGUGAAGUGGUUGCGACCCAACCUGAUGACGCAGGAGUUUAUUGAGGUCUUUGCGCGUCUGCUAGACUCAUUGAGCGAUGGCAUUGAGGUGGGUCACCGAGGUGGAAGACUAGCCAAUGACAAUGCUAACCAUCUGCGCUUCCAGGUCAGCUACAAUGCGGCUGGAGUGCUGGCACACAUUGCCUCCGAUGGCCCCGAUGCGUGGACCAUUAAGACGCCAACAAGACAACACGUCCUGGAACGAAUGGUGGCCGCCAUUGAGCGCUGGAACAUCAAGAGCGAACGGAACAUCAACUAUCGCAGCUUUGAGCCCAUACUGAGUUUGGUGCGUUGCUACGAGACACCACAGUGCCAGCAUUGGGCCGUUUGGGCGUUAGCCAAUCUCACCCAGGUCUAUCCGGAUAAAUACUGUCAGCUGGUGGAACAGGAGAAUGGCAUCCAGAUACUAACCGAGCUGAUCGAGCACGAGAGUCCCUAUUGUGAGAUUAAACGCAUCGCUCGCCUGGUCAUCGAACAGUGUGAUUUGGGCAUGGAGCGCAUGGUUGAGGGUUAGACGAAUCUAUGUGCGAAAGAAGAGACAGUUAUAUAGGAGUAUAGCAUUAAUAAUCGAGUUUGUUGUAAUGUUUAUGUUUUAUAAGGCAACAGCAAGUGUUAUCGUUCAGAUUCUUCCUCGACUUUCUUUAUGUUUAAACGAAAAGGAAACAUUUUUAACAUGAGAUAUUUACGCAAAAGAAAACCAACAAAAAAAAACAUAAAUGCAAAAU